UGGCCGUGAAAGUCCUGCCCACCUGCACAGGUGAGCUCUGACGUCACAACGGACCAGGAAGGGACGGGAGGAGGAACCUUCUGCUCAGACUUUCGCCUCACGCUAUUUGUAUGUUCCGGAGAGCUGACCUACUUUUGUGAAGCGAAUCACUGGAAAGCAAUCCUCGUUCGUCAAAAAUGUGUACUUUUGAUAAGGACAAGGGGGCGAGGAGGCUGAUGAAGAAGGGGUUGACCCUCAUCCUGGUCGGCCACAUCAACUUCAUCCUGGGGGCCAUCGUCCAUGGCAACGUACUGCGGCACAUCUCCCAGCCGAGCGAGCACAUCACCACGGAGUACACCAUGGCCAACAUCAUCUCCGUCACCUCCGGGCUGCUGAGCAUUUUAACCGGUGUGAUCGCCAUCCUGGUGUCAAGAAACCUCCCAAUGUUGAAACUGCAAGUGGGGCUCCUGGUUUGCUCGUUCUUCAACGCUCUGAUGUCAGCCGCCUGCAGCGUGGGCCUCCUGGUGGCCGUCGGCCUCACCAUCGCCCACAACGGCCAGCUGCUGAUGAGGGGGUGCAACGAAACGGAGGUCCCCGCCAACGCCCGCUCGGCCGUCGGCUCGCAGUGCCCCUUCGACAACACCAAGAUCUACGACACCGCCCUGGCUCUGUGGAUCAGCUCGGUGCUGCUGGCCAUGGUGGAGGUGGGGCUGUCGGUCUGGUGCUUCAGCGUGGGGCUGACUCUCAGAGGGCUGGCUCCCUGUGGCAACCAUUACAUCAAGGAACAGUUGGAGGAGGGCGCUCUGUCCAAUAGGAACAGAGCAGGGGCGGGAUUUCCCACCCAGGGCCAGAUCCUGAUUGAACGGCAGAACACUGACGUCUGAUUGGACCAGCACCGUGUCAAACACAGCCAGUACUAGAGUUCUGUUUUCAAAAUGCCAAUAUUAUUGGUGCUAUUUUUCUAUUCUAAAGAGGUUUUCUGGGAAAGAUUAAUUUAGAUUCUGGUUUGGUAAUCAGAUUAGGCAGCUGAUAUAGGAGGACAUGUCAUCAAGGAAAGUAAAUUAUCUAAAAUAUCACUUGAAGGGAAUACAUUUCAGUGUAAAAUAUAUUUUAUGCAGGUAUUACUAAUAUGAAGUUCAAGUGAUGGUAUUUUAGUUUGAGGUUUGCUUGUUUUUUAUAAGACAGAAGUAAUUGCCAAAGAUUUGUUUUUGUAUUUAAAUGAUUUGAUUAUGCUUAUCUUACAUUUUAGUUAAAUGCUUUUUCUAAGCCUUUCUGCUCAGCAUAUCAUGGCCUGGAAGUCUUGUGGCUUUUGUAAGAAAGACACAAAUCAACAAAUAUAGGCUAUUCAUAUUUAUUAAAUUAAAAGCAAGGCACUUAAAAACAAAAGAUGCAAGCUGUCGAAUCAUGGCUUGCACAUCCGCUGUUAAUCCAACUGAUUGUUUAAGAAAGAUUUCAUUAUUAUAUAAAAAAUUUAUAUUAAACAUUUGCGUAGUAGCAACAGCAAAAUUCUAAGUAAUAACAUAAAUGAAGUCUUAUUUUACGCUUUUAGAAGGAUAACCUGAGGGAUAAUUUUUAAUUCUGCUUAUUCGAGGAUCACUGGAAAAGAGAAAAUAGAAAAGCCUGCUUUGCAUAUUAAUUGGCCAGCACAUGUGUGCAUAGUUUGCAUGCAUUUAUGCAUGUGCAUGUGUGAGAGAAAAGACUCCUCCAAGGAUGCAUGCGGGUGUGUCUAUACAUUCAUGCCUGUUUCAUUUGUAGCACGUUUACACGCCCUUACAUAUUCUUUUUAUUUGCAUGCUUGCCCAGUGACACCAACCAGUUCAGUGAAAGAGCAUUUCAGUAGCAGAACCAUAACGUUCCUCUGCAUUUCAGACCGAUGAACACGUUGAGACGAGGGCAUCCUGUAACUAACCCCCCCCCCCCCCCACCCCCACGCUGGGCCAUGCGCUGUGCGAGGCCGUGAGUGGUCAGAGCCUCCUGCCACCCAGCAGCCAAUCACAGAGCAGGCUGCUGAGCCAGGCCCGUAUGGAGGCGGUGGGAUCAGCUAUGAAACGGUUAAUCUAGAGGCCGUGCUUUAUCGAGCGUAAAAGGGUCUCUGCACGCGAUGGUAAUCUGCUGUGUGUGUGUGUGGGGGGGGGGGUAUAAAUAUUGACAUGGAUUGGUGACUCCAGCAGUCACAACAAAUUGCCAUCCCUGAUGUUGGCGGUUUAGGACAGAGGGCGAUGCGUUGGGCCUUGCGUGUUUCUACGGAGAAGGAUGGGGCAUGAUGAGGAAGGCAUUGCAUUAGAUUAAUAGAUUAUAUAUAUUAUUUUUUUCAUAAUCUGAGACAAAACACACCAAACUUUUAUCGGUUUAUCUUUGGGUUAGGUUAUGUUUUGUAUUUUUAUGCACUAUUACUAUACUGUGCAUUACUUUUUAUAUUUUAUGUUCAAUUGAAUUAUCUGUCAUCAACUGACCAAAGACCAUGUGUCCAUCUGUGUUGAAUAUGUAUUAUCAAAUGUAUUUUGACAGUAGCCUCUGUAAUGUGUCUUUGCUAAUUAGAUUUGUUUUAACUGUUCAGUCUUUCCAUGUUUCAUGAGGACCGAAUGGCCUCUUUGUGUCGAGGAACAGUGUUUGGAUGAGUUCUGAUUAAACCAAGACUCUAUGCAUUCUGUUCUUUUAUGUUGUAUAAAAGUAAUGUUUUGGAUUUACAUUUUUGACUGAAAUAUCACCUAUUACAUUUCUUAUUUUUUUUUUAUCCUUAAUAAAAAAGUCAAAUGUGAUCGCGA